AUGAGUGGUGGAUUUUCAUCAUCUGGUUCGUAUAGUAAUCAAGCUAAAGAAGGUACAGAAGAUAUUAAUGGAAGUGAAUUUUCUACUGGUGGUAAUUAUUCACGUGGCAUGUCAUCAUCUGGAUCAGAAACUAAUCAAGCAGAUAAAAAAUGUAUCAAUGAAAAUGAUGUUGGAGGACGAAUACCUAGAACAACUAUUCAUACCAAAUUUUAUCAUUAA